AUGGCAUCUUUUGGAGCAUUGUAUGGAAGGAAGAGCAAAAGCCCAGUGUGUUGGAAUGAUUAUAGUGAACAUGUUACUUUAGGGACAGAAUUUAUUGAGGAUAUGGUGAGCAAGGUGAGACUGAGUCAGUCACGAAUAAAGGUAGCACAAGAUAGGCAAAAGAACUAUGCCGACUUGAAGAGAAGGGAUGAUGAGUUUAGUGUUGGGGACAAGGUCUUUCUAAAGGUUUCUCCAACAAAAGGCAUGAUGCGAUUCGGCAUGAAAGGGAAGCUUAGUGCUAAGUAUGUGGGGCCGUAUGAAAUUCUUCAACAUGUGGGGAAAGUGGCUUAUCAGUUGGCUUUGCCAAUGGAGUUUGAGAAAAUGCAUGAUGUGUUCCACAUUUCCCAACUAAAGAAGUAUGUGCCUAGUGAAACUCACGUGUUGCAACCAGAGACUAUUCAACCAGAUGAGUCUCUAACUUAUGAAGAAAUACUAGUCAAAAUCCUAGAUCACAAGGUGCGUAGUACUAGAAACAAAGAUGUGAAGAUAGUGAAGGUCCUUUGA